CCUCUUUUCUCUCCGAGCCACUCGGCCCCCGACCGUCCCGAUUAUAUUCCAGGCUCGUAUCGAGCAUCCUGCAUAAGUCUUUGCUUGUUUCGCAUCUCCAUAAAUGCCUUCUGCUCCACGCAAACCACGUCGGAGGUCUGGAUGCGCCCAGUGCAAAGGUACGGACUAGACGACCAGCGGCACUUUCGGUUGCUGACUGCCCCGACCCAAGCCAAGCAUGUCCAGUGUACCGAGGAGUUGCCUAUAUGUCAACUCUGUAAACGACAUGGUUGGCCAUGUGAGCGCGGUUUGAGGGUCGUGUUUCAGGACGAUGCUGCCCAGCGCGGAGUUGGCUUCGGCCGCCAUGGGACAUUAACAAGUCAACCGCAGCUCUGGCAGGAAGAUUCUGAGUUCCGUAGCGUGCCACUGAACGCCUAUGUUGGGCGGUGGAUAUUUGUCAAUACAGUCAGCAGUAACUUUACUGAGGUCGCUGGCAACAUGGACGGGGUAUCGACAGGUGACGAAGGGUCUGACAUACUGUCAGAAGCCGAAGAAUUGGAUGACAAGCUGCCGAUGGAUCCGUGCCUGGCCCAUCCGCUCACGGUGUACCCGGACUCGGAAAGCUAUCUGCUCGAAUUCUUCAUUCACGGCAUCGGGCCCAAUUGCGCACUCACCACGAUAAAUAACCCGUACAUUAGUCUUAUUACGCCACUCGCCUUUUGUGAUACAACCCUCCGAAAUGCUGUGAUAUCUGUAGCAGCAAAUCAGCUCCGUCUGCUCGGGGACAGUCGCUUCUCCCACCAGGCGCUAGUCUACAAGAACAAAGCUCUGAAGGGGCUGCAGCAGGCAAUUUCCCUUGGAAAUAUAGACGAUGGUACAAUCGCUACGGUUCUCAUGCUAUGCUUUCAUGCUAUCUCGCACGAAAGCGACCCAUCUUGGGUAACACAUCUCCAGGGAGGCCUCGACCUGAUUUCCAGUGUACCUUGUAACGCAACCACAGGCGAUUCUUUGCGCAAAUUCUUCGAAAUGUACUUUGUAGCUCAUGCCAUUAUGAGUCGGACGGCAUCACCGGGAAAAAGAUGUGUGAAAGGUAAAUACACUUGGUCGGAUAAUGACAAUCUGGACGAAAUUGACACAAUCAUGGGUUGCUCACGACGGCUGAUGGGGCUCAUAAAUGACAUAUCCGAUCUACCACUCAAUGUCGGCCAUGCAGUAAGGGAGGUAGACACAUCCGACGAAGAGACAGAGGACAGACCCAUCGAUAGCAACAUUUCAAGAGCCAGCAAAAUCGCCUGUUCCCUAUCCACCAUCACACAAACCCUCCCAGACCACUCCAAGGACAGAGAUGACCUCAGCCAAAUCGCCGAAACCAAACGGCUCGCAGCACUGAUAUACCUCAUUGGACGAGUGAACGAUGCUGACAUGAUAAUCGAUGAAGGAACAACCAAAUUCUCUCUCGUCAGCAUGUUGAUCAACAUCAUCUCCACCCUCCCGGAUACUCCAACCCUGCUUUGGCCAUUAUAUAUCCUCGGACACUCCGGCCUAGAAGAUGAGGACCAUCGUCGCUUCGUCCUAGACAGACUGGAACGAAUGCAGCGGAUCCGAAACCUAGGUAGUGUUCGACGUGCCCGCGUGGCCGUCAAACAUGCUUUUCAGGUCUUCGAUAUGAGGUUGUCUACCGCCCGUGUCAAGAACGCUGAGGCGUUUAGUUCUAUUAGUUUAGCUUAG